AUGUUCAACAAUCCAUCAGGAAUGUUGCCGAAGCAGCAAUCAUUUCCGAAUCAGGCCAAAUACCAGGAUGACUGGCGCGGGGAAAUGGAAGGGGAUAUGGACACAGGGCCCAGCUGGGGAUAUACAUAUGCUCAACAGUAUCGAGACAUGGCCCCAGCUCACAACCCAUUCAUGAAUUCAUUCGUAUACCCUUCAGCACCCGUACACCCGCCAGCCCUGCAGUCUCCUUAUCGGUAUCCCCAGGUUCCACAAGCAUCCGACCCUCCGCCACCGUUUAAUUAUGUCCCGCAUUUUGGCAUUUGUGCCAACGGACCCUCGCUAUCAAGAAUAUCCCGAUCAGGCCCCCCAAUUCUCCCUAAAAGGACAGAUUACACCUGCUGGGUGGGCAACUUACCGCCGAACGCAACUGUGGAGAUGCUUAGAGAUCACUUUGCCGACGGGGCGAAAGACGACAUCGAGAGCAUAUUCUUGAUGGUGCGCAAUUGCGCCUUCGUCAACUAUAAGACUGAGAGCGCAUGCCAUGCAGCCGUCCAACGCCUGAAUGGAAAGCUCCUGGGCGGCAAUCCUCUACUGUGCCGAGUGAAGAAAGAGCAAUCGGACGAGGAUGAAAUGUUCCAGCGGCAGGGACAUGGCCGACAGGAUUCUGGGGCUGCCGAUGUGGAAGCCAAUGCGCUCAGCGAUGCGGUGAAAGACCUCAAGGUCGACGAACCUGAGGCCUCGGAAGCGCAGGAUACAGUCCCGGAAAACUUACCGCGUACGGACAGCGACCCAACUAAAACAACUCCUGAAAAAUGGGAGGCACGUUACUUCAUCCUGAAAGCGCUGAACACCGAAGAUCUUCAGGAAAGCUAUCGCACCGGGACCUGGACGACUCAACUACACGUUCAAAAGAAAUUGCAUAAGGCCUUCAAGACAUCUGAGUCGGUCUUUCUCAUCUUCUCAGUGAACAAGAGCGGCACUUAUUUCGGCUACGCCAAAAUGCUCAGCUCACCAGGCAAAGGUCAGCAGGCAACAAGAGAAAUCUUUGAUGGUAACCUGUUCGCAGGACUGCAAGUAUUACAGACCCCAGAGACAGAAAGGGUCCCUGCCGGCAAGAUCACUUAUGAUCCUGCUCGCAAUACUAGAUUCUGGGAAGCUGUUCGAGAUCCCGAUAGCGAGACAGAGGGCCCUGAUGAUUUGAGGCCAUUCAGGGUCCAAUGGAUCACGAAUUCUCCUUUGCCAUUUGACAGGGUUAGGGGUCUCAGAAAUUCGUGGAAUUUGAACAAAGAGGUCAAGGUGGCGCGAGAUGGGACUGAAUUGGAGACGACUGCUGGUAGGCGUCUCCUGGCGCUGAUGAAUUCUGUUAGCGUAGACUACUCGAGACCCCACCGAAAUUUCAGCUCGCAUGCGAUCUAUAACGAAGCCGGCUGA